CCUGACCAAGCUUACAGCAAACAGCUGACUUGGUCUGACGUCGACUGUGCUCCCGUUGACAUAAUUUUUAUAUUUGUUUACAAAUGUGACUGGUAAAAUAAAACGCAAUACAAUACAUACAAAACGUUUCUUCUGUUGCGUUAUCGCCGCCUCGCUCUUCUGUUCCAUUGCAAAUGCCAACAGAAGCGACGGCGUAGUCAGAUAUUUCAGAUGUCAGCCAGUUUGUUGUGUGAUUGCAGUUCCCUGUCGCAGCAGGGUACGGAGCUGCCUACUCUUUCAAUUCAGCAGCAGCAGCUUCAAUUGCGACAGCAGCAGUCGAGCAGCGAUGCGGCAGCAGCAGUGCCACAUAUGCUCAUCGAGGAUGAAGUUCAUGGAGUUAUUGAAAUUCCAAGCCACAUCGAGGAGGUAGUGAAUCAUGCCCUGUUCCAGCGUCUAAAAAAAGUUCAACAACUGGGACUGCUCUCGGUGACUGCCAAGCCGGAGGCCACACACACUCGCUAUGAUCACUGCAUAGGAACAUACAGGAGCGCGAAAGAUCUACUGAAUGCCUUAAAGCGUAAUUCAAAUUAUGAUCGGGAAUUGCCGGAAUGGUGCCGAGAGGCGGUGGAAAUUGCAGCGCUGCUUCAUGAUGUUGGACAUGGUCCAUUUUCGCAUUACUGGGAACAAGUUUGUGGCGAAAGCUUCGAUCAUGAGCAAAACGGAUUGGUCUGCGUGGAUAAAAUCUUUGGCGACAUGAAGAGCAAGAAAUUGCGCACACUUCGCGACGACAACAAUGGACGUGGUGUGCAGCUAAUCAAAGCGCUGAUACUUGGCAAAAGUGAGCUGUUGACUUAUCCAAUGAUGGGACAUGGCUACAUUUUUGAUAUUGUGCAUAACAGUCGCAAUGGUCUCGAUGUGGACAAGUGGGAUUAUCUACGGCGCGACAAUAAACGACUAAAUCUGCUGAGUGAGGAUGAGAUGCAAUUUGAUGAUGUAUUUCUCAAGGCUCGCGUUUCGCCGGAUGGCCAGUGUAUUCAGUACCGCUAUGAUGACUAUCAUCUUAUAUACAAAUUAUAUGUGGCCCGCUGGCGGCUUCAUAUUGGCGCUUAUCAGCUACCCAAGGCUCUGGCUUAUGAUCAAAUCUUGUGUAAGAUUGUGCGACGUUGUAAGCCGCAUCUGAUCAGCGUGAGGGCUGACUCAAAGGAAUGGUUGGGCUUAUACGACGAGCGUGUAUUGCAGAUGAUUGACUGCGAUCCCGUGACGGCCCACCUGCGCUCUCCAGAGCGCUGGGUUGAGACAAAUGCCUGCGAUGAUGAGAAUCCGGCUUAUGUAUGCGUAAAACGAAUUAAGGUUGGCCCGGGUGUUGACAUGAAACCUGAUAAGUUCUAUCCACUGUAUGGUGAUAAGAGUAAGAAGCGCAAGGUUGAUCGAUCAACUACGCCGACUCUAAUCACAGCAUGCUAUAAGUUGCUGUAGCGUUGGAUUUGAAGGUCGUCAGUCUUCAAAAAACUUAUUUGUAUUCGCCCAAUUUUGUUCAAUAACUGUUACUCACAUUAUAUUUUAGUAUUCAGUACAAUUCAUGUUAAAUGUUUUA